AUGUCUGAGAACAAUGGAUCCCCAGGCGCGGAGAAGCCGGAAGACCAGCACCCGCAGCAGACCGAGCAUUUGAACAUCAAGGUCACAGACAACAACAACGAGGUCUUCUUCAAGAUCAAGCGGUCCACCCAGCUCAAGAAGCUCAUGGACGCCUUCUGCGAGCGCCAGGGCAAGGCUCCAACGAGCGUGCGAUUCCUCUUCGACGGCCAGCGCGUCAACUCCUCAGACACUCCAGAUACGCUCGACAUGGCCGACGGUGACACGCUCGAGGUUCAUCAGGAGCAGAUUGGUGGCGCCUGGUGA